ACAUGGCGGAGGAGGAGCCGCGGCCCCUGCCGGAGGCGGCAGACUCGGACGCGACUCCGGCCGCGGGCCCGGCGCACGCCUCCGGCCCGGAGGAGGCUGGGCGCGUUAGUCCUUUGAAGUCAGUCAUAACUAGGAGAGAUGGAGAUGGCCCAUCUGAAAUAGAACUGAAAAUUGAAAAAGGAGAAGAAGAAGUUGUCAAAGAACCUCCCGGCAUCCUGGAUUCAUCUGAUUUAGCACGAGAAAGACAUAUCUCCAUUCAGAGACAGCUUGCUGACCUAGAGAAAUUAGCUUUCAGAGCUGAAGGGGAUCUUGAAUCUGCCAGUUCACUGAACUCCGAUAAUCUUGAUGCAGGAAACAAACAGGCUUGUCCGUUGUGCCCUAAGGAAAAAUUCAGAGCUUGUAAUAGCCAUAAGCUUCGUCGCCAUCUUCAGAAUUUACACUGGAAAGUCUCAGUUGAAUUUGAAGGUCACAGGAUGUGCAUCUGUCACUUACCUUGUCUGCCUGUGAAACCAAACACUGUUGGGGAACAGAUAUCCAGUAAGAUGGGCGCCCAUUAUCAUUGUAUCAUUUGUUCAGCAACAAUCACCCGGAGAACUGAUAUGCUAGGACAUGUUAGGCGCCAUGUGAAUAAAGGAGAGACGAAGUCCAGAUAUAUUGCUGCUUCUUCUACUAAACCAUCUAAUGAAAUUUUGAAAGAGGCAGACACGGAUGUACAAGUUUUUCCUAACUAUUCUAUACCUCAGAAAACAGAUUCCUACUUUAAUCCCAAAAUGAAACUAAAUCGGCAGCUAGUAUUCUGCACAUUAGCUGCCUUGGCUGAGGAACGAACACCGCUGGAAUGUCUGGACGCCUUUGGAGCCACUGGGAUAAUGGGACUGCAAUGGGCAAAACAUCUUGGAAAUGCAAUCAAAGUUACAAUUAACGACUUGAAUGAAAACUCUGUGACACUGAUUCAGGAAAACUGCCAUUUAAACAAACUGAGAGUGAAGGGGGACAGUGAGGAAGAGGAAGAGAGAGAGGGUCUUCCUGAAGGAGAGGAAGACCUCGGUAACAUUAAGGUCACCAAGAUGGAUGCCAAUGUGCUGAUGCAUUUGAGGUCUUUUGAUUUCAUACACCUAGACCCUUUUGGAACAUCUGUGAACUAUCUGGAUUCUGCAUUCAGAAAUGUAAGAAACCUUGGCAUAGUGUCAGUGACCUCUACUGACAUCAGUUCUCUGUAUGCCAAGGCACAGCACGUUGCGCGACGGCACUAUGGCUGUAACAUCGUCCGGACAGAGUACUACAAGGAGCUGGCUGCCAGAGUAGUUGUGGCUGCAGUGGCAAGAGCUGCAGCUCGAUGCAACAAAGGCAUAGAAGUCCUGUUUGCAGUGGCGCUUGAGCACUUCGUGUUGGUGGUCGUGAGAGUCUUGAGGGGGCCCACCUCAGCAGAUGCAGCAGCCAAGAAGAUCCAGUACCUGAUCCACUGUCAGUGGUGUGAAGAGAGAAUCUUCCAGAAGGAUGGUAACAUGGUGGAAGAAAACCCAUAUAGGCAGCUGCCCUGUAACUGUCAUGGAAGCAUGCCAGGAAAGACAGCAAUAGAACUUGGACCCCUGUGGUCAAGUUCCCUUUUCAACACUGGGUUCCUGAGAAGAAUGCUGUUUGAGUGUCUUCAGCAUGGUUUGGAUGACGUUCAGGCCCUGCUGAAGACGCUGAUCUUUGAGUCAGAGUGCACUCCUCAAAGCCAGUGCUCCGUCCCUGCGCCCUCCAGUCUCAGCAAGCAAGAAGAAAAUGGCGUGUGUGUUAAAACUACAGACGAACCCACAACAGACAAUUACAUUGCACAAGGGAAGAGAAAAAGUAAUGAAGUGAUCCCAAAUUUAGCCAAGAAGCAGAAGACUGAUGUCAGUACGGAACAUCCUCCCUUUUAUUACAAUAUCCACAGACACAGCAUUAAAGGGAUGAACAUGCCAAAGUUAAAAAAGUUUUUGUGCUAUCUUUCUGAAGCAGGUUUUAGAGUAAGCCGGACUCAUUUUGACCCAAUGGGUGUUCGUACGGAUGCACCUCUGAUGCAGUUUAAAUCGAUCCUUUUAAAGUACAGCACCCCCACCUACGCUGGCGGACAGGCAGAGGGCCCUGUCCAGUCAGCAGCUGAAGACACAGCGGCCAGCAGGGCUGAAACGUCCGUGAAGGAAAGAGCAGAAGCAAGUGGCUGCAGAAGAUGGUAAAUGCGGAGAAGAGCCUGGUGUUCCGCACCAACCUAGGUCCUUUUCUAACCUUUCAGUUCAGUGCUGUAAUAAAAAGAAGUGCUGUUUUCAUUCAGAAAAUUAGCAGUUUUUAACCUAGCUGGUUUGGGAGCUUUGCAUCCCAGGUUUUUCUUAUUUUAAAGAGAAGUCUUUAAGGAAACAUUUCAUAUGAAACCGCGAUUCUGAUGGGGAUCACCCUACUGUUUAAUAAUUUGGAGAAUUUUCAUAUGCAAAGUGUUAGAACUUAACGUACGUUAUGGAAGCCAUCUUUACUAUUGUUAACCACAUCUCUACUUCAUGAUGCUUGUUUUUCUGUAUGUAGCAUACAAAGUGAAGCCAAAGCCUUUUUCCUAUUAGAAUGACCUGGAUAGAACAGGUGUAUUUCAUAAUUGCAAAGCUAAAAUACAUUACUAUGUUUAAGAAAUCAAACUUCACAUAGAUUGUAUUAUCAGCUUUUAAAAAACACUCAUCUGAGGUAGAAAAUUUUUUUCUUACAAGUUUAAGGUCUAGAUAACUAAAUCCAGAAUAAGAUUUUGUCAGAAUAGAGACCAUUGUUCCAACAACUGUUCAUGAGCACCGAAAUCCUGAAGAAGAGACACUUUAUCUUAAACUAAACAGGUCUGGGUGAUCUCAAGUGCCUCGGUAAUGCACAUCUAACAACCACUCGCUUGGCUGUGCUGCCUCUCAGUAGUGUGUUCCCCUCUGAAAUGAGCAUUUCUAGUGUGGGGGUUGGUUUAUUUGUUUUGGUUUUUUUGAAUUCUGUGUAUGUAAAUCUUUUUAUAAAUAGCCUAGCCUAGCCUAGCACAAUUAUAAAAAUUGAAAAAAAAAUCUUAUUUUCACUGA